CUCUCCAUAACCAAAACGUUUUCUGUUUUCUUUUUUCUUUUUUCUUUGUAACUUAAUAAAAUAAAUAAAUAAAUAAAGUCUCAGCAACUACAUGAUAUGAAAUGAAGAGUGUAGUAGAUUAACCGGCUCAGAUAAACACUCUCCGGCGAGUUUUCGACGAUGAACGAUGGGCUUUUUCGGGAGACUUUUCGGGGGGAGUAAAAAAAAGUCUGAUAAAUCAGAUAAUAAACGGAGGUGGAGCUUCACCACCACCAGAUCUUCUAAUUCAAGCAAGAAAGCUCCGUCCAAGUCAUCUGUGGUGGUUGAGGAGAAUGGUUUGGAUGCCGACAAACAUGCCAUAGCCGUUGCGGCUGCGACUGCUGCUGUGGCCGAAGCUGCUCUUACUGCUGCUCAUGCGGCUGCGGAAGUCGUCAGACUCACUAGCGGAAACGGCGGCGGGAGAAACGGUGGCGGUGGAGGAAACUCGUCGGUGUUUCAAAUCGGAAGAAGUAACCGUCGGUGGGCUCAGGAGAAUCUCGCGGCUAUGAAGAUUCAAUCGUCUUUUCGUGGUUAUCUGGCGAGGAGGGCAUUAAGAGCACUAAAGGCAUUAGUGAAGCUUCAAGCAUUAGUGAGAGGACACAUAGUGAGAAAACAAACCGCAGAUAUGCUUAGAAGGAUGCAGACUCUGGUUCGUCUCCAAUCUCAAGCUCGUGCUCGAGCCUCUCGUUCUUCUCACUCCUCUGUCUCUUUCCACUCUUCAACCGCUCUAUUGUUCCCAUCUUCCUCUUCUUCUCCACGUUCUCUCCACACUCGCUGCGUUUCAAACGCUGAAGUCAUCUCUAUGGACCACCGUGGUGGCUCUAAGCGGUUAGAUUGGCAAGCCGAGGAAGUCCAAGACGAAGACAAGAUCCUAGAAGUGGAUACUUGGAAGCCUCAAUUUCAUCCCAAACCGCUACGUUCAGAGAGAAACAAUGAGUCUCCGAGGAAAAGACAACAAUCUUUGUUGGGUCCAAGAAGUACAGAGAACAGUCCUCAAGUUGGGUCUAGUGGAUCAAGACGAAGAACUCCAUUUACGCCGACAUCAAGAAGCGAGUAUUCUUGGGGAUGUAAUAACUAUUACUACUCGGGUUAUCACCCGAAUUACAUGGCUAACACAGAGUCUUAUAAAGCUAAAGUCCGGUCACAGAGCGCGCCGAAACAGAGAUCUGAGGUCUCUAAUGAUACCAGUGGCUACAAGAGAUCUGUUCAGGGACAGUAUUACUACUACACGGCGGUUGCAGAAGAGAGUACGGAUGUUGGAAGCCCCGGUUACUACGGAGGAGGACUUUCUGAUCGAUUGAAUCGUAACCAAAGCGCGAAAUCGAGGAUGCAUUCUUCGUUUCUUGUUUAGAUUUUGAUUCUCUUUUCUUUACUUUUUUUGUUCCUUUUUUUUUUGUGGUUUGAGUUUGGUAAUUUUUCAGGAGCUAAAAGGUGUUAACACUGGGGGAUGUGUAAAUUGUUUUUAACAAGUUUCGAUUGCUUGCAAAAGAAGGAACAUAGCUCUGUUCUCUCUUACCUU